AUGAUGGCCCAGCUCCAGGGGUGUGCUUUUGGCAAGGAGGAGGUGCUGCUGCGCGGUGCAGCGGUGGCAUGGGCCAGUUUCCAUCCACAGUUGCGCGGAGAAUUUGUCCUUGCCGAGAGCGAAAGGAGCAGGAGGAGAGCGCCAGUGCCUUUAUGUCCAACUUUAAUAUUGCAGCGAUCACCGCGACAACAAAAGUUGGACAUCGCGAGCCACUGA